AUGACCAACUCUGAUGCAGCCAGUAGCACCAACACUGCAAAAACAGAAAGAGAGCAAGAGUUGGAAGACACCUUAGAUGACCUGGUGAGAGAAAAGAAUAUCUUGAGAAAUGUCAACAAAGCUUUGCAAACAGAGUUAAAGGAGAUCAAAUCGACCUUGAGCCAAACUCUCCAAACACAUGCCAAGGAACAAAAGGAGCUACAAGAACAACUGCAAGCAAACAUGGAACAGACAAUGCAACAAAAACUGGAUGAGAUGCAACAACUGAUGCAACAACUGAUGCAACAACAGAUGGUGAUGAUGAUUGCAGCAAGUAAAAGCACCACUGAGUCACCAGCACACAAGAAAAGUAGACGUGAUGCUACCCCGAGUGCCAAUCAGCAACACAUUCAGCAGACAACUCACGAUGUAGACAUGGAUCCAAAUGAAGGACAAGAAACGAACAGCAAUGAUGAAGCUACCACCACAGAAGACAUGACAGGAGUUGCUAACCUGGAUGACAAAUUUGCAGCAGUGGAAGAACACGACAAAAGCAACAUCAGCGCCCCAAGCACGGGCGGUGAUGGAGGGUCCUCAUACUUCCAACGGACAACAAUCCAAAUGAUGCAGUGGGACAUACCUUGA